AUGAAGUACAACCCCAACACUAUUCAGCCUAUUAACGGAGAACUUAAAGGAAAUGGAACGAUUUUCGGAAGAGAAAGAGGACAUCCAGUUAAGAAGAUCAUUUCUCGAAAUCAGCACAAAAAAGAAGUAAGGAAGAAUCCAUCUGCCGUAGCUAAGAUGUGCAUGGAAAGAGCUGAAGUAGCUAGAAACAUUGCAAAGGAGAUCUGUGGUAUGGCUCCGUAUGAGAAGAAGGCCUUAGAUUUUGCAAAGAAGGGGGAGGAGAAGAAGAUGAAGAAGUUCCUUAAGAAGAGACUUGGGUCUCUUAAGAUGGCCAAGCGUAAGCAAGACCGUUUAAUGGCUACUUUAAGGCCUCGGCUUUAA